AUGAUGCCCGCUCAGCACGUUUACGGACAUCAUCAGUUUAAUCCACAGACUGACUCGGCAUGGAUGCACCAGCAGUCUAAUCAACACCACCAUGCUCAGCAAGCUGCUGCCGCCGCUGCCUCCGCCGUGCAGCAGCAGCAGCAGCAGCAACAGCAGCAACACUACAACAGACUGGCUAGUGGGCAUUCUGUGGUUCCGUCUCUUAGCAAUGCGCAUACCCCGGAUGGCGGCCACGACAACAUAUCAGAGGACAAUCGACGAACAAUGGCUUAUAUUGCCGACCUGCUGAGCGAGAGCACUCGCGAGGCUGCUCUUCUAGAGCUGAGCAAGAAGCGGGAACAGGUUCCCGAGCUUGCUCUCAUUCUGUGGCAUUCUUUCGGAGUCAUGACAUCGCUGCUGCAGGAGAUUAUUUCGGUCUACACUCUUCUGAACCCUUCACAACUCACGGCUGCGGCUUCCAACCGGGUAUGCAACGCGCUAGCACUUCUUCAGUGCGUUGCCUCUCACAACGACACGCGCACGCUGUUUCUGAACGCCCAUAUCCCUCUGUUCCUCUAUCCCUUCCUCAACACGACAUCGAAAUCGAGGCCCUUUGAGUACCUACGCCUAACGUCGCUGGGCGUUAUUGGCGCCCUCGUUAAGAAUGACUCUUCUGAGGUUAUCAACUUUUUGCUCACCACUGAGAUUAUUCCUCUUUGCCUGCGCAUAAUGGAAACAGGCUCGGAGUUGAGCAAGACUGUGGCAAUUUUUAUUGUACAAAAGAUCUUGCUGGAUGACAAUGGGCUCAACUACAUCUGCGCUACGUACGAACGCUUCUACGCAGUGGGCACCGUCCUCAGCAACAUGGUCGCUCAACUUGUCGAGCAGCAAACCGCACGUCUGCUCAAGCACGUCGUCAGAUGCUUCCUUCGGUUGAGCGAUAAUGCGCGAGCGCGCGAGGCUCUACGCCAAUGCCUUCCGGAGCCCCUCCGAGACGCGACCUUUUCCUCCGUCCUCAGAGACGACGCUGCGACAAAGAGAUGCUUAGCACAGCUCCUGAUUAAUCUUUCGGACAAUGUCGUUGAACCGACCCAAGGGGGACACCCCGGUCUUUGA